AUGAAAGGGAGCACGUUGUGUAAGCCAAUCACCAAACCCGAAUUCUCACGAGGUCGAGCAGUUCAUACAACACAUAGUCUGCCAACCCUUCUGCGUCAUUUCACGAUUAAAGAACUUUAUUUUUUCAUGAGCGAAGGAAAGAGAAGAAAAUACAAUUUGUCUUCCAAGCUCGAUGAACUUUUAGAUCAAAUGCAGUCACCUGAUUUGAGCAGAAGCAUUUCAAAAUAUGCCGACGUCGAUGCAAGCUCGAACAAAACAUCUGAGGCCAAUGUUCUAGGAAGAUGGAUUUCCUCCCUGGAUGAUUCAGCGAAGGAACCACAGGCUCAAUCUUCUGCUCGGAGCGGAAUAGUUCAGAAUAUUUCUGGAAUUCAGUCUUUUGAUGGAAAUGAGAUGUUGACGAACACCACUUUACAAACAGACGAGAGUGCUUCCACACCGAAGGAAUCAUCUAAUGAAACACAACCUUCUGGUGCAAACAGAGCACAUAUUGACCAUGAUAUGGAAAUGCAAUCUUGUAGUGUGAACACAGUGGUUAAAAAUGCUACCAUACAAUUUGUAUCAGAUGAAGAAACAACCAUGGUGAUCGAUUCAUCAAAUGAAGCACGGCCUUCUGGUGUAAACACGUUGGAUGAUCAUAGCAAUGAAAUUCAAUGUUCUGAUACAGAAAAGAUGGUCGAGAAUUCCACUGCAACAGGUGAAAAAACAACCAUGUUAAUUUCUCCAUCAAGUAAAGCAGAGUCUUCUAGUGUGAAGAGAUUGGAUGAUGUUGGCCAUAACAUAAUUCAAUUAUUUUCUGUUGAAGGCCAGGAAGUGAACACUGCCACCAUACCAAAUGGAAAUACAACAAGUCUGAGUGAUUCGUUAAUAGAAGCAGAGACAUCUGAUGUAAACAUGGUGGAUGAUAAUAGCAAUGUCGUUCAAUGUUCUAGUGCAGAUAAGAUUGUUGAGAGUACCACUGUACUAGAUGGAAAAACAACCAUGUUGAAUGAUUCAUCAACAGAUGCAGAGCCAUCUGGUGUAAACAUAGUGGAUGAUAAUAGCAAUAAAAUUCAAUCUUGUAGUGGAGAUAAGACGAUUACCACCGUUCCAGAUAAAAUGACUUUUGCGCCGAGGGGUUCAACAAAUGAAACACAGCCUUUUUUUGUGAGCAGUGUAGAUAACAAUGGCACUGAAACAGAAUCCUCCCAUGUGAACAAGAUAGUCGAAAAUACCACUGUAUUAGGAGAAACAGCAAUACCAAAACAGUUUUCAAAUGAAGUACAACCAUCUACAUGUAUUCAUCAAAAUCUAGUGGGUUAUAAUGCCACUGAAUUGCAAUCUUGUAGUUUGAAGGAAGUGGUUGAGAAUGCAACUAUGCGAUGUGAAAGGACAUCUGCUCAGAAUUCAUUAGAUCAGAUCCAAGGUUCUGAUGUGAACAGAGUGGAUGAUAUUGGCACUGAAUUGCAAUCUUCUUGUGUGAGCAAUGUGACUGAGAAUGCUUCUGUGUCAGAUAUAAGGGUCUCAAACUCGAAUAUGUCAUCAAAUGAAACACAAGCUUUUCAUCUGAACAGUGUCGAAAAUAAUGGCAGUGAGAUACAAGGUCAUAAUUUGGACAUGGAAACUGAGACAACUGCUACAUUAGAAGAGUUAGCUAUUACAAAGAAUGAUCUUACCAAUCAAAGCCAAUCUAGCAGUGUGAACAUUACCUCUGAGAAUGCCUCAGUAAUGAAGGAUCUUUCAAGUAAAAGUCACAGUAAUUUUGAUGAUCCUGAAAAUGAAACUGGAACAAAUAAUUCUGUGGAAGACAAGGUAUUCAGUACACAAGAGAUGCAUACUUCCACUGUAAACCUGGACAAUACUGAAGACAACCAAACAAGGCAUUCUGGUCUGAUAGAUGUGGAAGAGAAAACUGAUGUAUCUGUAAGCACAGAGAAGAGAAUGUUAGAGAAAACUGCAACCACUCUAGAGAGCAUUUCUAACACACCACUGGCAAAUUGUGAUGAACCAAGUGAUUCCACUGUAACUUCAAACUGCAGUAUGACAGAUGAAGCAGUGUCAACUGUAACUGACAUCAUGCCAUUGUCAGAAGGAAAUGAGUCAUCUGUUUCAUGUGUUACCCUAGGGGAAAUAGAAUCUACCCUCAAUUGCAUCUCUGAUGCUUCUGAAGCAGGCAUUAAAGAUCCAGAAGCUAUCCUCUGUGAUAUGAUAGUUGAAACAGCUUGCUCGUGUGUAGUAAGGGAGCGUUCAGAUGAAUCUCUUCGUGUGAUUGAUGCCUCAGUCAGGGCUUUGAAUAGUCCAGUCUCAAAAGGCAGGUUUCAAGACUUAUGUUUAACCGAAGAUCUGAGCCAACCAUCGAGAAAGAAAAUAAAACUGAGUAAGUGUGUUAACAUCCCGCUAAAGGAUCUGCUUGAUGGCUUGCAUACUAGAUUGUGCGAAAGUAGCUGCACAUCAAAACACAAUCCAUUUGUGCUGGCAGCCGGUGUUGCAGAUGAUUGCAAACUGAGAACCUGUCUGGCGAACCACUUAAAAUUAUCUUUAAAAAAUGGCUGGAAAUCAUCCAUAGGCAUUAAAGACCCCUGCUCACAGCUGCGUCAGCUUGUCAUUCUCACGGCUAUAUUGUUUGGUAAACUUGACUUGUUAGAAUCCAUGUUAAAAGCAGAGCUAAGUCAAUCACAAUACUUUGCUCAUUCUGCCAAAGACUUGCCCAUAAUACUACUCUUUAAAAACUUGCAUCGUUUAGAGCCUUCUUCUAAUUUUGAUGAGAAGGUUACUGUAUUAAAAAAGGUGUUGAAGCUUUUUGCCAAGUAUGAUGGUGAUGUUCUUCUGUUGCAAGAUGAACUCAAUGAUGACACUGUUCUUCAUGUGUGUGCUAAAAAAAUCAGGGAGCUCACCUGUAAAAUCAAAGCUAAAGAAUCUAUUGCUCCUGAUAGUCCAGAACUUCAACAGUUGCUUGAUCAGAGAGUAUUAUAUGAUCGAUUUUGUGAAGAAUUGAUUCAUGUGCUUCAAAAGCUUGCUGUUGAAGGACCACUGCAUCACAGCCAAGUGCUAAACUUUUUUGAUGUCAGAAACAAAGCUGGAGAGACAAUUUUUGAGAUUCUUCAAGAAGAAAAAUUGAAAAGAAUUGGAUGUAGCGACGCCUCCCCACCUGCUGCAGAAGGUGGAAACACUGAUAAUGCUGUGGAACAGGUCACAAAUGAAGAAGAGCAUAUUGCACAGGGUAAAAUGGUGGAAGAGGUAAUUACUGGUGCUCAAACAGGGCCUGUGUUGCAGAUGAAUGAUUUCCAAGGUGAUUCAAUAGGCCAAAGUGCCAGCAUGUCUGUGCACGUUGUUCAAUCAUCUGGCACCACUGCCUCAUCAACUAACUGUUCUUUCCCUCAAAUCUCCACUGGAUGUGAAGAUGAAUCCAUGCCUUCUACAUUGUCAACCUCCAUGUCAUCAGUUCAAUCUGCCACAGUGCAACAAGUGUCAACACAUCAGAUGAGUACAGAAACCUCAGCAGGAUCAAGUGAAAUUGACUCAGCAGGUAUCUCUUGUCAGUCAAUAGAGACCUUUAGAUUCAAGGACGAGAUUGACUACAAGUACGAGAUUUCACUUGAAGUCUUUUUGCACAUUCUCAAAAAUUAGAGACCUUGGAAAGCUCCAUUGUACUUUUUUUCACCAGAAAAGUUGGCACUGUCAUCUUUAUUGAAGGUGGUUAAGCCCUCUCCCAAUGGCAAAAUGAUUAACAUUCUAACAAUAAUUGUUAUGAUAUUCUUGCUAAAACUUGUAAUAGAAUGACGAUGGCUUUUAUGUUUUGCCGCCAAAAUGACACUUGUUCAUGUGUGAGCACUACUUACUAUUGAGGAAAUCUCGCACUCGUAGUCACACUCGUCUUAGAAUCUAAAGGUCUCUAAUAUUAGAGAGAUUUAGAGUCAUGUAAUAUGGCAAACAACAAAUGUCAGAUUUAAGUUGAUAAUUUCUCAACAUAGAGAAUGAGCUGGUAGAAACAGCUCAAAACAAUUCAUACUACGUAUUAACCACAGGGUUGUCACUAAGGGCCGGGGGCCGGGGAUUUCCCCUGGCUACUCAGAGCAUGGCCUCCGGCUACUUUCGUCGUUAAAUUAAACCAAAAGAGCACACCUUUGAAACACACAAAGACUAUCUAUCCAUCUUUAGCAGGUUUAAGUAAUUCUGAAAUACUCGCGUGCAAAAACUAAGAAACGUCGGUAAAAGACAUCUGACUUAGAUUUGGUACUAGUACACACGCGCGAAAACUCUCCGUUCACGAAAUGUCAGUAGGGAGUUUUAGCAACGACGACGGUGACGGCAACGAGAACGUCAAAAAAGCAAUAGGUUUAUUGAGCAAAACAACUAGUUUGCACGUGCCUCACGCUUUUUUGUACAUUUCUUUGCCGUUACUGCAUGACUACGACGUGAAAAUGCCUAGUUUCACGUUUUAUGGAGGACGUAAAACAAGAGACGACAAACUUUUCUUUCUCUUUCUAAACUUGAGUGCGCCCAAAGAAAUCAACUCCAGGGAAAUUGGCCUACAUUAGCUAUUUUCAGCGAAUUGAAAUAAACGCGACAAAGUUGGAAAAAAACGCCAAUUCAUUUUUAAAAGUGACGUUUUCGCUGCCGUCACCUUUGUCGAUGCUAAAAGUCCCUAGUUUCAACCGUUGUGUAUUAUGUUAAACAUUUUGUUGUAAGGUGUUGAUUUAAGUUGGGAAUUUUUUUAAAUGUUUCCACCUUUUUUUUUAGAUGAAGGGCAGUCACUAAGUCAAGAAGAGGAAGAAUUUCAUAUUCAUGUUCCAAAGUUGCCGGUGGGAGGUACGGCACAUUAUUACGGUGGCCCACAAGUACAACAGCAAGAGUUGAUUUUAUUUUGCUGU